GGCGGCUGUCGGCCGGGGUGGUUGGUAGAGUUGGCUCACACGUUUUGCUAGGAGCGCUGUCGUUGGAGCUGCCACCAUGAGGUUAAAUCAGAACAUCUUGCUGUUGGGGAAGAAGGUGGUGCUGGUACCCUACACCGCAGAGCAUGUGCCUAGGUACCACGAGUGGAUGAAAUCAGAGGAGCUGCAGCGUUUGACAGCCUCCGAGCCUCUGACCCUGGAACAAGAAUAUGCCAUGCAGCGCAGCUGGCGGGAAGAUGCAGACAAGUGUACCUUCAUUGUGCUGGAUGCAGAGAGGUGGCAGGCCCAGCCAGAUACCACUGAAGAGAGCUGCAUGGCGGGAGAUGUGAACCUCUUCCUCACAGACCUAGGGGACCCCUCCUUGGGGGAGGUUGAGGUCAUGAUUGCAGAGCCCAGCUGCAGGGGAAGGGGCUUCGGCACCGAGGCUGUGCUCAUGAUGAUGUCCUAUGGAGUGACCAAGCUCGGUCUAACCAAGUUUGAGGCAAAAAUCGGGCAAGAAAAUGAGCCAAGCCUCCGGAUGUUCCAAAAACUUCACUUUGAGCAGGUGGCAGUGAGCAGCGUCUUCCAGGAGGUGACACUCAGACUGAUGAUGAGUGAGCCGGAGCGGCAGUGGCUGCUGGAACAGACCAGCCACGUGGAAGAGAAGCCCUAUGGAGCGCGGUCCUAGCAGCCCCGGGGACAGAGCCCUGCAGCAGGGGGUGAGCGCACCAGGCCUUGGGGGCAGAGGGCUCCCAGCGCCUCUCCAGGCUGGGAGUCAGCUUCGGGGCCCUGCAGACUGGGCCGGACUUGUCUUGGCCUCCCUCAGGCCGGCAGUGUGACUGAGCGACUGCAGGGGUCCCCUCCUCCUGGCCAGGCUUGGACUCAGAUUCUCGGAGACUGGAGUAGAUGGCACGAGCCCAUGGGAGGAGCAGGGCGGAGGUAGAGCCGGAGAAAAGCGGAGCCUGGUGAACUGGGCCCCCCCCGAAAGGCCAAGGGUGCCACUCAGGAGGCCAAGAAUAAAGCACACUGAACGGACA